AUGCUGACCACCAAUGUGACCAAAACUGAAAAGUUAAAACUAUUAGUAAUUAGAUCAUCUAUUAAACCCAAUACUUUAGUCCGCUUAAACUAUGAUGCCUUGUCUGUAACAUAUCGUUCAAAUUUAAAGACUUGGAUGCAAACCGAUAUCUUUUAUAAAUGGCUUUUAAAGCUUGAUGAAAAGUUUUGUCAAGAUACUUUAAAACUAAAUGAAGAAUUAAGUAGUGAAGAAGAAUUAAGUAAUAAAAAGUUAGAAAAUAAAGAUAAAAAGGGCAAGAUUCUCUUCAUGGUCGUGGUCAUGGAUGCAAGCAUAGAAGUGGUCGUAGAAUGGUCAUUAAACAAAGACCAUCACAGUACUGGUCAUCCUUAUACAAUUCCAGAUCCUUCUGAUAUUUGCUUAACAAAUAUCUGUAUUGAAAUUUUAUCACCUAAAACUACUAUGCACCUCUAG